AUGGAUGACUUCCUUGGCGCAGCGGACAAACAAAUCGCGAAAGUGGCGCAGCGUGAGUUGAGCAAACAAGGUUUGGAUAUUCGUUUGGGAUCACGCAUUACGCACACGCAGAUUAACGAUGAUGAGUUAAUCAUGGAGUAUACGGAUAAAAAUGGCGAGCAGACCUUGGCGGUUGAUCGCAUCAUCGUGUCGGUCGGUAGACGUCCGAAUGCAGCGGGGGUUGCAGUAGAGGCGGCAGGUUUGAAGCUCGAUGAGCGCGGCCGUAUUGAUGUCAACGACAAUUGCGAAACCAAUAUCCCCGGCGUUUACGCGGUGGGCGAUGUGAUCAAUGUCGACAGUAGCGCCAUGUACCGUCAUCCUGAAUUAGCGGCGUUGCAAGAUAAAAGUCAGGAAGAUGAGCGUGAAUUGCGCGCUGAAGCAUGGGAGCUAAACUACGUUGCACUUGAUGGCAAUAUCGGCUGUAUGGUGAAUGGUGCAGGUCUGGCGAUGGGUACGAUGGACAUCAUCAAAUUACAGGGCGGAGAACCAGCGAAUUUCUUGGAUGUAGGCGGUACGGCAACCGCUGAACGCGUUGCAGAAGCGCUUAAAAUCAUUCUUUCCGAUGAUAAAGUAAAAGGUAUUUUAGUGAAUAUCUUUGGUGGCAUUGUGCGCUGUGAUUUGAUUGCAGAAGGCAUUAUUGCUGCGGUAAAAGAAGUCAAUAUUACGCCCGUGGUGGUUAGGUUAGAAGGUAAUCAUGCCGCAGAAGGUGCAGCUUUGCUUGAAAGCAGUGAUGUAGACCUGAUUAGCGCCAACGAUUUAACCGAUGCAGCCAAUAAGAUUGUUGCUGCC